CGCUUUUGUAAAAGAAAGAGGCAAUUUGAGAGUUUUUUAGUCACAGCACUCAUCAACACAACUUCAACAACAACUCCACUCAACUCUAAACUCUUACAAGUUACAAGUUACUAGAGAGAUAUAGCGAAAGAGAGAGAGGUGUGACAGAGAUUCAUGGCAGAAGUUUGCAGAGUGAGGAGGAUGAAGCUAGGAAGCCAAGGCCUUGAGGUCUCGGCGCAAGGCCUUGGUUGCAUGGCCCUCUCUGCUCGCUAUGGUGCUCCAAAGCCGGAAACUGACGCCAUCACUCUCCUCCAUCACGCUAUUCAUUCAGGCGUUACUUUCUUUGACACCUCUGACAUGUACGGUCCUGAGACCAACGAGUUGCUCCUCGGAAAGGCUUUAAAAGAUGGGGUGAGGGAAAAAGUGGAGCUUGCGACCAAAUUUGGAUUCUUUAUAGUAGAUCAGAGGAUAAAAGAGGUAAUAGGAGAUCCUGAGUACGUCAGAGCUGCGUGUGAGGCGAGUUUAAAGAGGCUAGAUGUUGCCUGUAUUGAUCUUUAUUAUCAGCAUCGUGUCGAUACUCGUGUCCCUAUCGAAAUCACUAUGGGAGAACUGAAGAAGCUAGUGGAAGAAGGUAAAGUAAAGUACAUCGGUUUGUCUGAAGCUUCAGCUUCAACUAUCAGAAGAGCACAUGCUGUUCACCCGAUAACCGCUGUGCAGAUAGAAUGGUCCUUGUGGUCUAGAGAUGCGGAAGAAGAUAUCAUUCCUACCUGCAGAGAACUUGGGAUUGGAAUUGUUGCUUAUAGCCCUCUAGGAAGAGGCUUCUUAGCAUCAGGACCCAAGCUUGUUGAGAAUAUGGACAACGAUGACUUCAGAAAGACUCUACCAAGAUUCCAACAGGAAAACUUAGACCACAACAAGAUUCUCUUUGAGAGAGUAUCUGCAAUGUCUGAGAAGAAAGGAUGCUCUCCCGCACAACUAGCCCUUGCAUGGGUUCAUCACCAGGGAGAUGAUGUUUGCCCCAUUCCAGGAACCACUAAGAUUGAAAACCUCAACCAGAACAUUGGAGCUUUAUCAGUGAAACUUACCCUCGAAGAGAUGUCUGCGCUCGAGUCCCUUGCCCAACCAGAGUCUGUGAAAGGAGAAAGAUACAUGGCCACAGUUUCCACCUUCAAGAACUCGGAUACUCCACCUUUGUCUGCUUGGAACGCUGCUUAAAACUGCAUGGGUUUCUUCUCUAGCCAAACCACAAAAAUAAUACUGUUUUAAGAGUUUGUUGCAUGUUUAGAGUCUAUAAAAACAAUGUGUUAUAAUUUCCUAUGCAUCUUAUAUAUUGCUACAAA